CGUGCUUACAGUUAACAUUUGCCCGCAGAGUAUACCUACCCAAAUUCUUAUCCAAAGUCCUCAAACCGUGUCUUACAACUUUUCUUCCCUCUUUGCUCAAUUCUCUUUUCCCUUUCAUUUCUAUGGAAUCUCUGAACUUAGUCAAAGGCUAUGGCAAAAUUAACCUUUCAGAAGAUCCAGCUUCUUCUUUGUCUACUCGCAGAGCCGCCCACAAGCGCCGCCUCGCCAUCGCCCUCACCCUCACCCUCUUCCUAACUCUACUCAUCUGCGCAUUGGUCGGCGCGUUUAUCCACGCGUCCAACUCCAAAGACCGCACACCUUCUGUAUCAUCCAACUCGGCCGAUUCGCUCAAAGCCGUGUGCGCAGUGACUCAGCAUCCCGAGUCAUGCUUUGAUUCCAUAUCUUCCCUCCACAGCAGCCCACAAAAACCCGACCCGGAACAAUUCCUGAAUCUUUCCCUUCAAGCAACAAUUAGAGAAUUAACCAACGUUUCUUCGCUCCCGAAAUCGCUGAUCUCGAAAGUCAAUGACCCGGGAACAGUAUCGGCGUUGAAGGACUGCGUCAGCUUGUUCGAUGACGCGCUGAGUCAACUCAACCAGUCGGCCGAGUUGCUCCAAGUGGGUCCCGGUGAGAAGGCUUUGACGGAUAAGAAGGUGAAGGAUAUGCAAACAUGGAUCAGCGCUUCAAUGACUGAUCAGGACACGUGUUUGGAGGGACUGGAUGAAAUGGGAUCGCCCUUGGUUGGGGAAGUGAAAGCGCGGGUGCAGAAUGCUAAAGAGUACAUGAGCAACACCUUAGCAAUUCUCAGUAAUAUGCCUAGCCUUCUUCAAAAGUUUGGUAUCACUUUGCAUUGAGACUUCAAGCUGUUACUGGUAUGAAUUCAUAAAUCCUUUCACUUCGAUCAAGAUCAACUCCUUUUAUGUCCCAGGAAAAAGCUAAAAAUUAAAGCUUACUAAGGGGUCGUUUGGGUUGAAGACAAUUUAUGCUGGGUUUAAUUAUGCUGAGAUUAGUUAUAUUGAGAUUAAUUAUGAUGGGAUUAGUUAUCAUGUUAUUAUUUCUUAUUGAUUAUUUGGUAUGUUGUAUUAAUUCUGGGAUUGUCAAUUUUACUGUUUUAUCCUUGGAUUACUAUUCCAUCUUCUGACA